AUGGGUCUCUGUGCCGUCGUCGCACUCGCAGGGGCUUUCUCGAGGGGCAAGGAGAGCGGGUUGUUGGGGUACUGGCCGGCGGUCGUCUACACUGUUGUUCUCAUCGCCAAGGUGGUCAUGGGAAGCGUCGACCCCGAAGGCGAACUGAGCGCGUUGAAGUAUGAUUACAAAGGGGCGUGA